UUCCGGAGACGUCGGCCAGCCUAUAAGGUCUUAUUUCAUCUCAUGAAUAUUUAAAAUAAGGGAUGUGUCUUGAGUAGAUGACGCUCCUCCACCAACGCGCAGGCGCGUUGUACUUCGGGAGAGAGGAAGCGGCCGUCGUCGUAGAGGGUUCGUUUGGUUGUGAGAAUCCCGAAGAUCCCGUGCAUGAAAAACGCACGGAAACCGGCUACAUUGGGAAGACUUGGAAGACGGGAAAGGAAGUAGCGAGCUAGCGUUAUCAUUGAUAAUUAUUGGACUGAACCAAUACAACAACUGACCGAAGUUAAACACUGGCAUGUUUGAGUAAUCACAAAGAAGACGGGUGCUGCGAUUAAACAGAAUUAGCCCGACGAACCUCGCUCGCUUGCUGCACUGAGGCUGAUAUAGAAAAGCUGGUCUGAUACAAAACGCACAGCCGGACGAACCCUGGGACUCUGAGAAAAGAAUGAGUUAUAAACCGAUUGCUCCGGCCCCCACAGGCUCCAACCACACCCCGCCCGGUUCUAGCGUGCCCUCUCCCUCUCUCCCCUCGUCUUCCACCUUCCGCCCAGCGUUCAGCGACUUCGGACCCCCUUCCAUGGGCUUCGUCCCGCCAGUGAAGGUGUCUCAGGGUUCCACCUACAGCGAGCUGCUGUCCGUCAUCGAGGAGAUGAGCCGCGAGAUCCGCCCCACCUACGCCGGCAGCAAGAGUGCCAUGGAGAGGCUAAAGAGAGGUAUCAUCCACGCCCGAGCGCUGGUCAGGGAGUGUCUAGCGGAGACGGAGAGGAGUGCUCGCACAUAACCCCCAACCUCCCCCCCCCUCCCCUGGGACGCACACACGGUUCUCCCUCCCCAUCGAUCCAGUAAACCCAGCGUCAAUGCUGGUAGCGUGACAGUUUUGUAAACCCAAUUUUUUGCAGCUAGUGGAAUUAAAUAAAAUCGUUUUUCAAUUAAA